CGAGAAAGAAAGGACCCUGCCGGUGGGCCCGUACUGCCUGUGCCCGUGCCGCGCGCGGUGUCCUGAAGCCAGACUCGACACUAGACGCACACGUCAAGCUUCUCGCCUUUCUGAGGCUGCAGCAGCGAUAGCGAGCGAUAGCCAUGUCGGCCAAGGGGAUCAAGGCCUCGGAGAAGCGGCCCAGGAUCAGCGAGUUCUUCGCGGGCAAGUAUGUGCUGGUGACGGGGGCCUCGGGCUUCAUGGGGAAGGUGCUGCUGGAGAAGCUGCUUCGCUCGUGCCCGGGCGUAGCGGGGGUGUUCCUCCUGCUCAGGCCCAAGCGCGGCAAGGCGAUCCAGGAGCGCGUCGACGAGAUGCUGCAGUCGCCCCUGUACUCUUUGCUGGAGUCGCGGUACCCGGGACUGGCGCGCCGCGUCCUGGUGGCCGUCAGCGGCGACGUGUCCCUGCCGGGGCUCGGCCUCUCCGCCGAGGACCGCGCCAUGCUGCAGGAGAAGGUGGCCGUGGUGUUCCACGGCGCGGCCACGGUGCGCUUCGACGAGCCGCUCAAGAACGCCGUCAUCAUCAACGUGCGUGGCACGCGCGACGUGGCCGAACUGGCCGCCGGCAUGAAGAAGCUGCGGGCGUUCGUGCACGUGUCCACCACGUACUGCAACGUGGACCGGCGGGAGAUCGAGGAGAAAAUCUACCCGCCGCACGCCGACUGGCGGCAGAUGAUCACCGCCGUGGAGAAGCUCGACAGCGACGAGCUGACCGUCCUCACGCCCAAGGUGCUGCGCCGCCUGCCCAACACGUACACCUUCACCAAGUCGCUGGGCGAGCACUGCGUCUACUCGUACCGUGACAAGAUCCCACUUGUCAUAUUCCGGCCCUCCAUAGUGAUUUCCUCCAUUGCCGAGCCGAUGUCCGGCUGGAUAGACAACUUCCAGGGCCCCGUGGGGCUGAUGGUGGCCGCCGGGAAGGGGGUGGUGCACAUCGCCCUGGCCGAGUCCACCGUCACGGCGGACUACAUGCCCGUGGACAUCGCCAUCAAGGCCCUCAUCGUGGCCACGUGGGACCGCGCCUGCAAGAAGGCGGACAUCGAGCCGCCGGUCUACAACUGCUCGUCGGCGGCCGUCAAGCCCGUCACCAUGGCGGAGAUGGUGGCCAUGGCGCGGCCGCUGGCCGCCGAGAUCCCCUUCGACAACGUGCUCUGGCCGGCCCUCGGCCUCACCACCAGCUCGCCGACGAUCCUGCUCAUCGGCACCAUCUUCCUGCACUUGCUGCCCGCCCUGAUCAUCGACGCGGUGCUCAAACUCAAGGGGAAGCGGCCGAGGCUGUGGAACAUGCAGCGGCGCAUCUACGCGGCGCAGGUGGCGCUCGCGCCGUUCCUCACCAGCACGUGGAUCUUCCGCAACCAACUCGGGCUCGACCUGGACAACAAGAUCCUCCCCGAGGACUACAGCGACUUCACGUUCGACUUCCGCGACGUGGACGAGACCGCGUACUUCCGGCAGCUGGCCGUGGGCGCGCGGCGGUACUUGCUCAAGGAGAAGGACGAGGACCUGCCGAAGGCCAGGGCGCAUCUCCAGAGGAUGUCGAACAUCGACACAGUGCUCAGAGGACUGUUGCUGGUGCUCGUGCUGUAUUGGGCGCUUCAGCGCCAGAUCUAUAUGCUGCCAAUUAAUGCUAUCCGCUUUCUGCUCACGAUGUGAGGGGAGGGCCCCGCCAUGGGAAUCGUUGCCCGGGCGGCCGGGCCUGCCGGGCCGGGCCGGGUCGACUAGUUGGCUAGAGGCAUAAACCCAGCCCGUCGCAAGGAAUGCCCGCUUGCCGCUUGCCCCUCAAGAAGAAAAAAAAACGAACACCGCUUACCCCCGAAGCUCUCGUAAGAAACGCACAUUUUCAUUUCAAUCAUUUCAAUCGCCGUCCUUAGUUUUAUUGAGGAGCCCCUCCUGACCCGUGACUUAUUAAUGACGAGACGUACCGGCGAGAAAACGAAAAUAAAGCCACGCGAUUGAUUUAUCCGAGCUGAUGACAUGCCCCCGAGACAGCAUAGCGGACUGAUUCCGAGAGUCGUUAUCGUCGCUCUGUCUCUCUCGCACUCACGGGCGGCCCGUUUAGGUGCGAGAGAGACAGGGCGACGAAAAGGACUCGCGGAAUCAGUCUGCAGCGACAGCGGGCUGCGAACGCGCUGGUCCCGCGGGGAGGCCGCGGCCCGCGGGUCGAUGGCCCGAGGGCACGCCGCAGUGCUCGCCGCACGCCGAGAGCCGGUGGUGGCGACACUGCAGACUGAUUCCGAGAGUCGUUUUCAUCGCUGUGUCGCUCGCACUCUCGGAGCGUUCCGUUUACAUGCGAGAGAGCCGGGGCCGCAAUACGACUCUCGUAAUCAGUCUGCUGCCGCCGCGGCACCCGAAUAUCUUGAACUCUUU